AAUGGAGCCAUUGAAUCAGCCGGAUCCCCUACAGGAAGAAGUGGAGGCACCAGAUAUAGUGAGUGAAAAGAUGAUAGAGUGCCAAAAGAUAGAAGAGCAUAUUCAAGAAAAAUCAAAUAAGUUUGGCACUCAGAUCUAUAUUAAUCUCUAUUUAAACAUCGAGAAGCUCAACCGUAAAGUUCAACCAAGUUGGAAUCUUCUCUUCAUUGUUAACAAAUCCAAAGAUUGACAACUACUAAAACAACUCUCUCGCUUUGUGAUGCCUCCAGAAUCAAAAGCUUCAUUCUAUAAUAAAUCUUUGGCAGGUUGUCGUAUGAAAGAGUUUCUAUCCAAAUCCAUUCCAACCAGGAUCCAACAGAUUAAUGUCAGCAUGAAUAAUUAUGAAAAAUCUCCUCGAUUCUUCAAUUUGAUUCUUCGUGCCAGUAUGCUCACAACAGCAAGUAUUAAAUUGAUUUGUUUUAAAAACCUCAAAAUAAAGCAACUCAAGAGGGUGUUUUCAGCCGCUAAGCAUACAAAAUCUCUAGGAAUUUCUUUUUCCACACUUUGCCUCCCAGCUUGCCUAGACUUUUCAGAUUGAUUCAGAGGCACAACUCUGUCCCAACUUAAAUUGCAUUAUAUAAAGGUGAAAAACAGAGAUAAGACAGACAGAAACUUACAUGAGCUGGAUGGACUCAUUUCAGGCUUAUCUAAAUCAUCAGAUCUUCAUAAGAGCAUCCAAAGCAUUGAUAUUUUAGCAUACAAUACCUUCGGAAAGGAAGACAAUGAACUUCUGACUAAGUAUGGAUUCCCUGUUGAAUAAUAUACCUUCAAUCCCCUGGUCUUCUGGUUUCUCAUUCUAUUACGUACAAGCUCCUUUAAAUGGUAAAGGUUCAGCUAAAAGUUGUACCUUAUUUGGCUCAGAACCAUAACAACCUUGCUUUCUUCUUCAGUCAUGUUCUGAGUUCUUAGAGCAGCCUGGGCUAUGGCUCAUUCUCAAGCACUUAUUUGUGCUCUUAGAACAAACUAGCAAGAUUUGAUUAUUAAUUGGCUGAAGAACAGCCAUUUGUAUCCUACAGAGUGGUCAUUGAGCUGGCUUCCGAGGAUGAAAAGUGGAACAUCACUGGCCUG